GGCGGCGGCGGUUCCGGUUCCGGCGGCGGCGGCGGCGGCGCGGGGGAGGCACCGGGAGGAGGAGGAGGAGAAGAAGAAGAAGAAGAAGAAGAAGAAAAGGAGGAGAACAAGGAGGAAAAGCGGCGGCGCCACCGCCCAGAGCGACAGCGGGAGAAGCGGCGCCGCCAGCAGAGCGAACCCUCCCCCCCCCGCCCCGCAGAACCGGGAACGAUCCGCCCCCCCCCUCCCCUCCCCGCUUCCCUCCUCCCUUCCUCCCGUUCCUCCUCCUCCUCCUCCUCCUCCUGCUGCUGCUGCUGCUGCUCCCGGAACCGCCUCGCUGCUCCCGGCCGCGCCGCCCCCGCAGGAGGCAGAAAAUGAAAGCCGGCUGCAGCAUCGUGGACAAGCCUGAAGGAGGAGGGGGCUACCAUUUCCCAGAGUGGGCUUACAAGACGGAGUCGAGCCCGGGCUCCAGGCAGAUCCAGCUGUGGCACUUCAUCCUGGAGCUGCUGCAGAAGGAGGAGUUCCGGCACGUCAUCGCCUGGCAGGGGGAAUACGGCGAGUUCGUCAUCAAGGACCCCGACGAGGUGGCGCGGCUGUGGGGCGUGCGCAAGUGCAAGCCCCAGAUGAACUACGACAAGCUCAGCCGGGCCCUCAGAUAUUACUACAACAAGAGGAUCCUGCACAAGACCAAGGGCAAAAGAUUCACCUACAAAUUCAACUUCAACAAAUUGGUGAUGCCCAAUUAUCCCUUCAUCAACAUCCGCCCCAACGGCGUGGUCCCGCAGAGCGCCCCGCCCGUCCCCACCGCCUCCUCCCGCUUCCACUUCCCGCCGCUGGACCCGCACUCGCCCACGGAGGAGCCGCAGCCGCGCUUCGCGCCGGGCUCGCUGCUGCAGCCUCGCCCCGAGGGCCUGGGCGACGCCUCGGCGGCCGACAGGAAGGGGGAACCCUCGGAUUUGGAUGAAGGCGCCGCCGACUGGCGCCGGGAGCUGCUGCCGCCGUCCCACCCUCCCGCCAGCGCCGGCGCCGCCGCGGGGCCCAAGCGCAAGCCCGACGUGGUGCUGCCGCUCUUCUCGCGGCCGGGGAUGUUCCCGGAUCACCCCCACAGCCCCUUCGCCGUCUCGCCCUUGCCGGGCCGUCCCGGCAACGUGCUGAACGUCCCCAUUUCGCCGGCGCUGUCGCUGACGCCGACGCUCUUCUCCUACAGCCCGUCGCCGGGGCUGAGCCCCUUCGCGGGGAGCAGCUGCUUCUCCUUCAACCCCGAGGAGAUGAAGCAUUACCUGCACUCCCAGGCGUGCUCUGUGUUCAAUUAUCACCUGAGCCCUCGGACUUUCCCUCGUUACCCGCUGGUGGUUCCUCCCCUGCAGUGCCAGGUGCCUCUGGAAGAGCAGCCGCAAUUCCCCAUCAAGCUCCAGCCUCCUCCCGCCGGCCGCAAGAACCGGGAGAGGCUGGAGAGCCCCGAGGGGGCGAAUCCGCAGAUCCCCAGGGUGAAGGUGGAGAAGGAGGAGGAGGAAAAGUUGGGGAAGCAGGAGGAAGAGGAGGAGAAAAUCCCGGUUUUUGCCCGGCCGGCCGCUCCGGCGUGGGUCCCGACUCCGGCUCAGCCGGGAUCGUCCGGAGAUGAAACCGCGGAAAAAGCGUCCCGGGAUUCUUCUGGAGAUCCUGGCAAUCAGGAGAAGAGGGAGGACGCCCUGAUGCCGCCCAAACUGAGGCUGAAACGGCGCUGGAACGGAGAUUCCAGGCAGGAAAUUCCCGAGGAUUCCCGGCAAAACGGGAUCUGGCACCUCCCCAAAGCCGUGGCCGCCGCCUCCGACACCUAAUCCCGGCUGGAAAAACAAAACACAACAAAAAAAAAAAACCUUGGAAAACGCCCGGAAAAAUCCGUGUAUUUAUGUAGCAAGGUUGCAGAGCAGUUCGGGAUAACGCUGGGGGAGGGGGUGGGGUAGAUUUUUGGGGAAUUUUUAGGGAAUUUUAGUGGGGGGAGGGGGAGGGAAGGGGAUUUUUGGGGUUUGUGUUGUUUUGUUUUUUUUUUUUUUGUUGUUGUUCGCAGGUGAAGACACCGGGAAUUCCCAAGGCUGGGUUUUCCUGGGAAAAGCCAGCUCAAAGCUUCAGGACUGGGAUGGAGGAAAUUCCUCAUUCCCGAGGAUUUUGGGACAUCGGGAAUCUCCAAAGCCAGCGAGGGCGGGGCGGAUUUUUUGGGAAUUUUGGUGUUUUUUGUUUUUUUUUUAAACGGAUGCGACGUUUUCCCGACCAUCCAAAAACUGCUUUGCUUUCAUUUUUUUGGUUCUUUUUUUGUUGUGGGGAAAAGGAGGAGCUUGGGAAUUUUGCAUCGGGAAUUUUGCACUGUCCACACAGCAGGGUUGGGAUGGGAGGGGGAAAAAAAACAAAAAAUUCAGGAAAGACUCGGAAAAUCGGGAUGGAGGCCGCGUCGUUCCCGGCGGAAUUCCGGGAAAAAAAAUUCCCCUUUUCCCACUUUUUUUUUCUCUCUCUCUCAGACAGAAGCCAUGAGCAAAACUCUCCAAACUUUUUCAGGGAAUGGGAACGGGAGUAACACAAAAUUAACCGGAUGCCUUUAAUCCUAACGCAUUAAAAAAUGUUGGGGUUUAUUUUAUUUUGAUUUUUUUGGGAUUUGUUUUUUUUUUUGGGUUUUUUUUUUGUUUCUUUUGUUUUUUUUUUUCAUGUGUGCCCAGAGCAGGAAUUUUUUUUUUUCCCGCUCUGGAAUCCGUGUGGGUGGAAUUAUUUUUUUUUUUGGGAAUGCUUGGAAGGAACGCUGGAAUGAUUGUGGUGAGUCCCGGGAAUGCCGGAAUUCCCAGAUUAAUUUUUUUUUUUUUUUUUGGACACGUUUUCUCCCCUGUUUGAACUCAUGCCUUAAAGAAAAACAAAAAAAAGAAACACGUUUGGACUUUUUCUGGGAAUUUUUUCUGGAUUUCGUGGAUCCUUCCUGGGGAGGAAAAUCCCAAAUCCUGCAGAAUUCCGUCGGCUCUGGAUUGUGCUGCCAGCGGGAGAAAUCCUCGGAAUACGCCGAAAAUUCCCAAGGAUUCGCUCUCAGAGCACAAAUUUUGGGAAUUCCGGGGAAAAAGGGUUAAAAAAACUAAAAAAAAACCCAAUAAAAUUUCCCUGCUGGAACAAGAACCGGGAGCAAUUCCCAAAUUCCCAACCCGGCCGGGUUUGGGAUUCUCGGAAUGUGGAGUUCAAAAAAAAAAAAAAAAAAAAGAAUUUUGGGGUGGAAAAGCCCUGGAUGAUCCCAAAAAAAAAAAAAAAAAUAAAAGGAGAAAAGGAACGUGGAGAGGGCGCAAGGAUGAACUCAGGAAUUACACGAGGAGGCCUUUCCCGAAAUUCCCGCCGCCGAUCCCAAAUCCAAGUGCCGGAACCGUCGGGAAAAAAACCCACAAAAAACAGAAAAAAAGGGGGAAAAAUCCUGGAUUUUUUUCCCUCCUUUAAUUCUCUGGAUUUGAGGUGAAAUCCCACGGGAAACAGGAAAAAAAAAAAAAAAAAAAGUUGGAAUUUUUGUGGCUUUAAAAAAGGAAUUUUCGGGACGGAGGAAUUUUUGGGAUUGGGGUUUUAUUUUAUUGGGAAGGGUGGGAAUGUUUGGUUUAUUUUCACAGCUGUUGCACUGCAAAAAAAAGAAAAGAAAAAAAAAAAAAAAAUAAACUUGGGAGAGUUCAGGGAAUUCCGGACUCAGGACGACGGAUCCGGCGCCUCUCGGGAAUUCCGGAAUUCCCAACGGAGCCUGGGAGGAGGAAUUGAAAAAUAAAAAAAAAAAAAAAGCAGGAAGAGGAAGGAAAAAUUAAAAAUAAAAGCAGGAAUAGGAGAAGAAAAGUGUUUUAAAAAAACUGAUUUAAAGGAGGAAAAAAAAAAAAAAAAAAUCAAAAUUUUAUGUUAAAAAAAAUUGAAAUUUUACAGGAAAAAAAUCGGAUUUGGAGGAAAAAUUCCUAAAAUUCCAACGUGCCAAAUGAUUUAAUAAGAAAACAAAAAACCCUCGGGAAGUUGGGAAUGGUUGGAAUUCUCUCCUGGAUGAAUUUUCCCCGGAGCAUGAUCCCGUUUUUCCAGCAUUUUUUUUUUUGUUUCUUUGGGUUUUUUUGGUUCAUUUUGCUUCUUUUUCGUAGCAAAUCCGUAGGAAAAAUGUAAAAAAAAAAAAAAAAAAAAAAUUAAAAAAAAAAAAAAAGACUUUUUGAUGGGACAACCCUUAAAAAAAAAAAAAAAGGGGGGGAAUUUUUUGAGAGUUUCCCAGAAAUAGGAAAAGGAGGAAAAAAAAAUCCAACAGCAUUAAUGGGGUUGUCCCAUAUUUUUUUAUUUAUUCCAUAAUUAUGUUGAGUUUUUUUAUUAUUUUAAGCUGUUUUUUCCGUUGGUUUCUUUCUUUUUUUUUUUGUGUCCUGGUGGGAUUGAAAAAAAAACAACCCAGGAAUUUUCUCUCGGUUGGAAUCAUCAAAAAAUCCGGGAAAAUUUUGGAUUUUCCUGGAAAAAAACUUUGAUUUUUUUAGCGCUUUUUAAAUAUUUACGCUUUUUUUUGGAAGGGUUUAAAAUAAAACAACUUUAUUUUAUUUUAUUUUAAUUUUUUUUGGAGGGAUUUGGAGGGAUUUGAACUCUCCCUGGUGAGAAUCCAGCAGGAAUCCAUCGGGAAAAAAAAAUUGAUGGAAUUUUUUUGGGAUUGGGAGCUUUGUACAUAGGGUGUAAAGUAGAGGGGCAAAAAAAAAUAAAAACAAAACAAAAAAAAAAGACAAAAAAUCCGAAAUUUGUGCCUUUAAAAAAUUCCAAUUUCUAUUAAAAAAAUCAGAUUUAAAAAAAAAAA